GGCGUAUCAUAGUACCAGAACAUUCCGGUGAUAUCAUUACCUUGCUUAUGUUUCCACUACCUUUUUGCAGCUUUAGUUAGUUAUUGCCUCUCUGCCAAUUAGUGGCCAGCUCAGCAUUUAGUUCCCCUUUUAAUAUUUUCUUUAUUCGAAUCAGCUUAUGUAAGGCCUGGAGUUAGCCGGGUUCAGUAGAACUUUUGAAUACAGCUACAGUGAAAUUACCCUCACUUCCUCUUAUUCUUCUCCUUCUUCUUUCUUCUGCUUGCUCUGCUUCUCUUCCCUUUCCUCUGUUUUGCAGGUUAAUCCGGUUUUCACACCAAUUGGUAUCAGAGCUCGGCUGUGAUUCCAAUGGCCGAAGGAAGCAAACGGACGGUGGAGGACGACCGAAGUCUGGAAGCGCUAUGGACUGCUCAGAACAGUAUGGCUCGACAGAUGGAAGCGUUAACCACAGAGUUCUUCCGAUUUUCUGCGGAAAUGAGGACGGAGAUUCGAUCCCUGCGGACGAAUCCACCAGCGGCUGCAAUACGGAGGGCAGUCGCACCGGCAACCACACCGGUGAUGCGCCCACACCGUGGCCGAAGGCUUCCUACCGCUGUUCCAGUGGUAUCAGGAUCUGAAGACGAAGAAGGCGUCCAGCCACAGUUGGAAGUAUCGGACUCAGCCGAGGAAGAUGAACCAAACUUUUAUGAACAGCCUCGCCGUUACCUCCCACCGCAGCGACAGAAUGGAGAAUUUCGCAUUAAACUGGACAUCCCCUUCUUCGACGGUCGCUUACACAUCGAGGACUACUUGGAUUGGGAACGUGCUGUUGAAGCAUUCUUUGAUUACAUGGAGAUCGCGCCAGAAAAACAGGUCAAGUACGUCGCGUGCCGUCUUAAGGGCGGAGCGGGAGCGUGGUGGAUGCAACUUCUACAGUCCCGCCGGCGAGAAGGCAAAGGGAAUGUCUCCAGCUGGUAUCGGAUGAAGCGACUGCUCAGGGGGCACUUCUUACCCACUGAUUUCGAGCAGAUGUUAUACGUGCAGUAUCAACAUUGCAACCAAGGCGCUCGGACUGUUAGUGAGUACACUGAGGAGUUCUAUAGGUUAAGCGCACGGAAUAACUUGAACGAAUCUGAAACACAACUAGUCGCUCGAUACAUUGGCGGCCUUAAGGAAGCUAUACAGGAUAAGCUUGAAAUGAAUUCGGUAUGGACGCUGUCUCAGGCGGUUAAUUACGCCCUUAAGGCUGAAAUUCAGCUCAACCGACAACCGCGAGGAACUACUGCUCGGAAAAUCAUUACAGACUCGAGUGGGGAGGCGCAUAAAUCACCAGCCGUGGGCGGACACAAACCUACAAUGCCAUCCUCUGGAGGACCUGGUAUUUUGGGGGCUGAACCAAAACCACCAUUGUAUAACCGUCAGAAGACGCCAAUGCGGGAUAACAAUCCAUAUGCGAAACCUGUGACGCUGAAGUGUUAUCGCUGCUUCCAGCCGGGACAUAAGUCUAAUGACUGUCCAAAUCGGCAGCAAGUGCAGUUACUCGAAGGGGAACAAGGUGAGGAAGAUUAUGGUGCCGAACAGGUGAAUGAGCAAGACUUCGAAGACCUUCAAGCUGAUGAUGGUGAACCACUCGCCUGCGUUAUGGAGAAAUUGCUAAUAGCACCCCGUCAAGCAGGUGUGUCCCAGCGGCAUUCUAUCUUCCGAACCCGAUGCACCAUUGGCGGCAGCGUCUGCGAUUUGCUCGUUGACAGUGGGUGUACCGAGAACAUCAUCUCUCGGUCAGUGGUGCAGAAGCUUCACCUUAAGACGACGCGUAAUCCCCAUCCUUACAAGAUCAGCUGGGUGAAGAAGGGUGUUGACAUAGCUGUAACUGAAAUGUGUCGAGUCACUUUUUCCAUAGGCAAAAGCUAUGUCUGUGAAGUUCUAUGUGAUGUCUUAGAUAUGGAUGUCUGCCAUAUCAUAUUAGGACGGCCGUGGCAAUUCGACAUGGGUGCGGUGUAUGACGGGCGUGCAAACACUUAUACCUUUGAAUGGAAGCAACGCAAAAUUCGGCUGUUGCCCCGAUCAGUUGUGGACGGAGACAAAGAAUCGCCUGAUAAAUCCACCAUGUUUGUGGUUAGCGGGCCGAGCCUUUUAAGCUCUUGGAAGGAAUCAUCCUGGAUGCUGGCUUUGGUUGCGUCGACCAGCCAAGCAAAUGCAGGGACUGCAGAUUUUCCUACAGCCGUCCACGACAUACUUCAGAAUUACAAAGAUGUGUGGCCAGAAGCCUUACCAAACGAGCUACCUCCGUUACGAAACUUGCAACAUCAGAUUGAUCUCCAACCCGGUGCCAAUCUUCCAAACUUGCCGCACUACAAAAUGAGCCCACAUGAACACGAAGUGCUCCGAGGCAUUGUCGAAGAACUACUUCAAAAACAGUUGAUUCAGCCAAGUUUCAGCCCUUGUGCCGUCCCCGCCCUGCUUGUACCCAAGAAGGAUGGAAGUUGGCGGAUGUGCGUUGAUAGCCGAGCUAUCAAUAAGAUUACCACAAAAUACCGCUUCCCAGUGCCUCGCCUCGAAGAUAUGCUGGAUAAACUCACCGGAGACACACUGUUUUCAAAGCUAGAUCUUCGAAGCGGCUAUCAUCAAAUCCGUAUCCGACCCGGAGAUGAAUGGAAGACUGCAUUUAAAACUCGGGAUGGAUUGUUCGAGUGGCGUGUCAUGCCGUUCGGACUGUGCAAUGCUCCGGCGACGUUCAUGCGACUCAUGAAUGAGAUACUCAGACCCGCCCUGGGGAGGUAUUGUGUCGUUUAUUUUGAUGACAUCCUUGUCUUUAGUCGUUCACUAGAAGAUCACUGCACUCACCUCUCUCAAAUUCUUGACAUUUUAAGAGAACACAAAUUGUAUCUUAAUUUAACUAAGUGUGAGUUCGCCAAGAGUACCGUCCAUUUUUUGGGCUUCAUCAUCUCUAGCCAAGGCGUACACGUGGAUCCUCAAAAGAUUCGUGCUAUUACUGAUUGGCCAACUCCACGUUCCGUGACCGAGGUUCGCAGUUUCAUCGGACUCGCCAACUUCUACCGUCGCUUCAUCCGCGGGUUUAGCAUCAUAGCCGCACCACUUACUGAAUGCCUCAAAGACAAAACACUGCAAUGGACGAUAGAUCAAGAGCGGAGUUUCAAGACCCUUAAAACUGCACUAACGACAGCUCCUGUAUUGGCUAUGCCUGACUUCAACAAACCGUUCCAUGUCGACACCGACGCUUCAUCUAUAGGCGUGGGUGCAGUGCUCGCACAGGAUGAUAAACCUUUGGAAUUUUUCAGUGAGAAGCUCAGUCCAGCUCGUCAGAAUUGGUCGGCAUACGAGCAGGAAUUCUACGCCGUCGUCCGGGCCCUGAAGCAAUGGGAACAUUACCUGUUACACCAGGAUUUCGUCCUAUGCAGUGACAACCAUGCCCUUCAAUUCAUUAAUAGUCAAAAGACUAUGAAUAAGAUGCAUGCGAGAUGGCUAACAUUCCUCCAACGCUUCAGCUUUGUACUCAAGCACAAAUCUGGGACCCAAAAUCGGGUAGCCGACGCCCUCAGCCGCCGCACGGCAUUGAUCACUCAGUUACAAGUUGACACACCUGGACUAGAAGCUCUGCAGGAGUUAUAUGAAUCAGACAACGAUUUUUCUGCUGCCUGGAACAGCUUGAUGAGCAACCCGCCUAUACCGGAACCAACUCUGUGUUCCAGCCUCCUCUUGGCGGGAACAUUUAACCAAAGAAUUGCACAGUGGUGGCCUAGCGGCACAUCUCGGCCGAACAAAAACGUUGGAACAGAUGCAGAGCAUAUUUUAUUGGCCACACCUCCGUCGGGAUGUCACACGAUUUGUGGAGCGAUGUCCUAUUUGUCAAUUGUAUAA